AUGGCAGACAAGUUUGUCACCGCUCAUGCAGGAGCUAAAAAGGCGGAAGCCAGGGUAAACGACAUAUUUGCCGUCAGGCAGAUGCACGGCGAGGGACUCAGGGACUUCUUAGCUCGAUUUAACAGGGUGAGAAUGAGCUUUCCAAAUGUGUUAGGGGAAUGGCGGCUCAUGAAAUUUCCUCCAACCACUUGGGAAGAAAUCCACAACGCCUACUGCACCGAGGUAAGAGCCGACGAAGAGGACCUCAAUAGUCCUAUCCAACGGUUGACGUCAGUUCAAGCUGAAGUAAGGAAAGAUCAUCGCAACGACGGUCGAAGAGAUCAGUUGGGCCCGAUUUUGGCCGAGAAAGGUAUCAGCUCUACAUCAGGACAUCCAUCACACCUCCUCCGCGACAUACAAAUGCCCCUCCUCGACAUACAGUGCCACACCGACACGAGAAAGGAAAGGGGUCAUAGAACCGAGGAUUGCAUAGGACUGUGGCAGAAGGUAGAAAUAAUGCUAAAUCAGGGGCACCUGAAAGAGCUUCUGAGCGACCGAGGACGGGCUAACUUUGCCCGUGGACGCGAACAACCCCAGGGACCUCCAAAACCGACCUCUCCUGCUCGUACCAUACAAAUGAUAAUCGGCAGAGGCGAUGACACAACAAUUAACCAUGUAAAUUUCACCACCACACAUAAACUCAAACGGUCGAUCACUCAUGAACGGUAUGAUGACCUCGAAGAUAGUACCAUUUUCGAUAAAUCAGAUACCAAUAGUUUGUCUUUCCCUCACUACGAUGCUCUUGUUAUCACUUUACGUAUUGCAGAUACUAAUGUAAAAAGAAUAAUGGUAGAUGACGGAAGCAUCACGUGUAUUAUCCAUCCUCGAGUCCUCAUACAGAUGAGACUAAAAGAUAAAAUAAUUUCGCGUUGCAUAAUACUAACAGGUUUUAAUAAUGCAGUCGAGCGAACGUUUGGAGAGAUAGUGCUACUCAUUCUAGCCGGAGGAGUCACCCUAGAAACAAUGUUUCACGUCAUGGACGAAGAUACUGCCUACAACGCUAUCAUAUGA